AUGAAAGUUGUAGGAAACUAUAGAGUCAACACUGCAAACUCAAGCACUGAUAGGUCCAGAGAGCACUUGACCUGUCUUAGAAGUCAGCUCUCUGUAGCCUACAGAAAUGGAAGAGUGGAUGAAGCAGUCUCUCUGGGUUUUCUGCUUUGCUGGAUAGGUGGAGAACUGACAAAUUUCAAAGGCUGCUACCUGAUUAACCAACUGCCUAUUCAGAUUUUUACAGCCAUCUUCGACAUGAACACGGAUAUUAUCAUACUCUCACAAUUCAUGUACUAUAGGUUAAAGAAUCAGAAGAACAAAAUUUCUGAAGAAGAUCUACUGAAGGAACUUCAUUUCUGCUGUUUGCUUUGGCCAUGAUUGGGAACUUCACGUACGGACUUGGUGUGGUUCUAAAGGCACCAGCUGCUAAGUGUCACAAGAGUACUUACUUUGUGCAUCAUCUUCCUUGGCUUAUUAACACACUAGGUGACUGCUCAGUUCAUUCCAUACUACAGGCAGAGGACACGACGACCCAAUUUGGUGGUGGUGCUGGAAGGAGAGCCAUUACCUGCUAAUGAGGAUGAAUCCUAAAACCUGCACUGCAGCCUCUGUCCAUGGUGUGUUGAGGAACUUGCUGUGUUGAUGCUUUUCUUGGUGAAGGGAUGAGUUCUUGCCUUUUCUCCCUGCAACACAUUCAUUCUAUAACAUGCUGCCCCAACCACAGGCAUCGGUGACAGAAUA